AUGGAACAUUGGCCUGCGGAUGAACGACAGACAGCCUUACCUGUGAAAAAGCAGGGAAGGGGAAACAAAAGGCUUCAAGUCCACGAUACUCAGUAUUGGAAUAAUCCUUCCCUCGAUUAUGGAACAUUCGGCGGAGCAACCCUCGUGUCAUCCGACGGACGGCUAGCUUGGACAACCGUUCUCGAUACAUCAAAUACUCGAAGAGUGACACCAGUUGGGGCAGGGCGUUGCAUUUUCCCUGCCACUCGACCUGUGAAUCCGACGCAAAGUCGCCUUGCACAGUGGAAACGAAUCGAAGAAGGACUCAAUUUUGUUAGAACAUGUUUCCCUGACGCUGAUUUCCCGACGGAGCUCAUCAAAGGGGAAUUCCAGGCUGAUGAAAGACAAAAUAAAGAUUUGCAACUUCAUGAUCCUUUGAGAGGCAAUCUCAUUGGAAUCGUGCCGUCUUCCAGCACUCCUCAGAUAUCACUUGUUCUCUUUCCGGUGGGAGAAACCAGCAGUGAAUUGAAUAUUUCAUUCAUCACCGCUACUAAUUCUGACUCUUCGACUUUUCACGCGUCUGGUCGUGCUGCAUCCAAGUUCGAGACACCCAUUCUCCAGAUCUCAACCCCGAAUGCAUUAAAUUCAAAUCUGAAACGUGGUGCAAAUCCUGUUUUGGUCAGAACGCUUUCCGCAACAUCUCUAUUGAGUAUUGGAACGCUGGAUGAAGAAACUGACGUAAAGACAACGAGGGAGGUGGACAUACUCUCUGAUGAUGCAGGAGGCAAAAGCAUUGUGGAUGUCGCAUUUUCACCUCAUCACUCGGAUAUCAUUGUCGUGAACACCUCUGGAACAGUUUACAACUGCAGUAUAUAUCAAGGAGCAAAAGCCGUGCGGCGCAUAGGACUUAACCGAGUUCAUUUUGAGGACACAAACGAGGACAAAUUCUGGAGGCUCCGUACAUCUGACCAAGGUUGCUUCCUAGCAUCAAGUAGCUGUAUUCAACAUCUCGAUUUCAGGACAAGCCAGCCUGCUGUUGACCUAUUUUCCCCUGAUCGGUUGUGCUCUGUUGUGACGUCUUUUGACUGGUUAGAGCGAGAACAUCUCCUCACGAUUUCGACGACCUCAGAGCUCAUAUGGCUGGAUGAUCGGUACCCGAAGAAGGCGCUUCUGAGCUUUAAGCACCACCGAGCGUAUGAUAGAUCUCUCAACAUCAGAGUUGUACAGCUAGAUGGCGGCCCCCUGGCUUUCCUGAGUUCGCUCAAAAAUGGACUCGUCACAAUUUAUGACGUGUCUCGAGGAAAUGAUAAUCUAAUCCAGUGUCAUUCCGUUCCAACAUCUUUACCCCAUUACGGAGAUGUGGGUGCGCCUGACUCGGAAGGUACAUUUUUUGUCCGGCCCGAUAGGUCCACCUUUUCCCUCUUGCGGCUCUCUGGGCAAGGUAGCAUCCACUGCCAGGACUUUACCGUAUGCCGCAAUGACAUGGACGUACUCCCAAGACAGACUAGUCACGAAUGGUCCGCCGAUGUGCAGAAAGUAGCUCAAAGAGCAAAGGAGCUUCAGCCGCAGUACGGGCCUCUUGGCGCGAGGCAUUUCUCUGAGUUAAACCUACGGACUGCGUAUCAGAAAAUUUUCUUCACGGGGGAUGCGACCGAACAAGCUGCCUCUGGGGGCGAACUUGUCGCGAUGAUAGACAGGCUAUCUCAGUUUUGGCAAAGAGCAGAGAAUACUGACAAUGCAUUGUUGACAUUGUAUGAUAUCUGCCUUCGUGCUGACGAAGAGCCAGACGAGGCUUCCCGGGCGGACUUUUUCGUUGGCAGGCUCAUCAACUCGAAUCGUGGGUACAGAGCCCUCGUGCGCAACGAGCUACCGGUUCAGGAAAUUGCGAGCGGUGCAGCAUGGUGUUGCGAUUUCAAGUCAUUUCUCCGCCGUAUGGGUCUUGGUUGCGUGGGUGACUGGCAAGAAAUGCAUGGUGCUCUGGAAGCUUUCAACUUGUCUUACUCGGACGAUGCCCCUGAGCUAUUCGUGCAGCAAGAGAAAGAGUCACGAGAGCGGCUUAUCCUCGAUUUGACCCUUUCCAGUACGGUGUUCUCAGCUCAGCCGGUUUCUAUGCCUGCUGCUCCAAUCCAAGUCGACGAUGUGGAGACUAUGUCACUUGCUGCAAAAGCUCUGACACUUAACGAUGAACUUCCUGAGAUUCAAUUUGGCUACCUGCGUCCAUAUCGCAAGCUUGAUAUCAACCACUACCCCGAUGUUUUCAAAGAAAAGGACGCUCUCGCAGAGCCUACGCAGGAUGCAGAUUUUUCCACUCCGCUGGGUGUACGACUUUUGUUGAGGGAGUGGGAGGUUGGAACGGACGUUGAGUCCUAUAUAUAUCACGAUCCAUACAACACCCAAGGCGACGAUCCUGUUGCCCCCUCCCGACAACGACCUCCCACCGCACCGGCUGCUACGCAAACGACGACUACAACAUCACAGCGUCCUCCCCCGAUUGUUAUUCAUGUUGCCCAGAGCCACUGGGGGAGGUCCGGCACUCAGUCUCAAGAUUUCACUCUACCAACUGCAAAUAUUCAAAACGCAAAUUAUCCUGAACCUUCACAACCCUCCCAAGAGUUGAUGACGAGCACUCAAGUGUUGCCCGGGCCGUAUGGUGGUCGGAAUCCUCCGAUGAACAAGAAGCUUGUGAAAAAGAGGUUGGAGGCACGAAACUGGGCUUUUUGUCUGGUCCAGCGAGAAGAGCUAUGGAUGGAACAAGAAGUCCACAGCGCACCAAUAAAUCCCUGGUUCAACAGGGAUGCUUUUAACGACGUUUUGAAGCGAAAUAAGCCGGUGGUCUGCGCUCUCUCGGCUAGCUACAUUUCGACCUUUGUUGGAUAUCCAUUGGAUUCCUUGAAGUCGAGACUACAGACCACCAAAACGAGGAUGCCGGUGCUCAGGCUUGCUGGUAUCGUGUAUCGGGAAGAAGGAAUAACAGGCUUCUAUAGAGGUCUUUGGAUACCGCUUGUCACGAUUUCGUUUGUCCGUGCUGCUUCGUUCACGAUAUACAGUAGUACGAAAGAAUACUGUCGUAAAAACAACUAUUUUACAGGUGAUAGAGCUUCCGAUGCUGCUCUCGCGGGCGGUCUCAGUGGUGCAUUGUCUGGGUCAUUGAUCUCAUUUACCAGUGCACCCUUCGAGCUUGUCAAGGUUCGAAGGCAAUUGGAAUACAGCAUAGCCGCAACUAAAGGCGUACAAUUCGUUAAACCCCCAAAUACCAUCGAAGCUGUCCGAGAGAUCUUCCGAACUCACGGGCUGUCUGGGCUCUGGAUAGGGUUCCGUCUCCACUUUUUGCGAGAUACAGCUGGCACUGCUUUGUACUUUUUCGAAUAUGAUGCCAUGCGACAUUUAUUGGGCCGCCAGCGCUCGGGAGAGCAAGGACCAACACCAGCGUGGCUACCGAUACCCACAUCCUUGAUUCCCUUCGUCUGCGGUUCACUGGCUGGCGUGUCUUCAUGGGCACUGAUCUAUCCCCUUGAUGUAGUAAAGACCAAAGUCCAGCAACGUGCUUUGGCUGGCACUCCUCCGAAAGGAGUAUGGGAAACCCUCCGUCGCCUUGUGCGCGGUACGACAGACCACUACAGUGUUGCAACGACGGCUCAAAAUUCACUAGGUUCGGAUCCUAAAGAUCCUAAGCCAGUGCUUGCUGGCAUAGCACGCAUAUAUCGUGGUCUCGGCGUCAGUGCAGUGCGGAGCAUCACAACGCACGGGCUCCUCUGGACAUUUUUCGAUAUCACGUCGCAUUAUAUCGAUCACCUACCCUGACUCGCAACGCACUGUUAAGAGGAUCCCACCUCGCAUCUGACUAGAGAUAAGGCAUGUACUAUAGCAUCUGGUGUAGGGUUGCCUAGUCUAUUCAUUAUAAUUGAUAUCAUUCGAGAUGCUUGCCAGUCAAUAUAUGCCUAAACGUAGUCGUCGCAUCACAGGCUCUUUGUGCGAUAUACACCUCAAGGUCAUGCUAAUCAGACAACCGGUAGGCCAAGCUUACCUACAGUACUUAUUAAUCCGUUCCAAAAUAGUUUCCAGUUCAUUUUCCCCCAGGAAUCUUCAGUCUGUUCAUGAUGUCAGGUCUCUAUCAUCUGUUGUACAACUACUUUUUUCUCCCCUUGUAUCCAUUUCCA